AUGAGUAUUCGCGCGUGGUCGCAGAUCCUGUUCGCGUGCCUGACCUUCCCUAACCAGCAAACGACGUUAAAUGGCAGCGCGACCCUGGGCUUCUGGGCCACGCGCCGCCCCCGUGCCGCGCUCCGUGGAGCCUGGAGCCGCCUGACGCCGCGUCACACGCAGCGUGGGCCUCGGCCGCCGUCACUCGGCACUUCUGGGACAGCUAAUCCAGUCCACGCGCCGCCCCCGUGCCACGCUUCGUGGAGCCUGGAGCCGCCUGACGCCGCGUCACACGCCGCGUGGGCCUCGGCCGCCGUCACUCGGCACUUCUGGGACUGGAUGACAGCUCAUCCACGCGACCCUGGGCUUCAGGGCCACGCGCCGCCCCCGUGCGGCGCUCCGUGGAGCCUCGAGCCGCCUGACGCCGCGUCACACGCCGCGUGGGCCUCGGCCGCCGUCACUCGGCACUUCUGGGACUGGAUGACAGCUCAUCCAAUCCUGUUCACGUGCCUGACCUUCCCUAACCAGCAAACGACGUUAAAUGGCAGCGCGACCCUGGGCUUCUGGGCCACGCGCCGCCCCCGUGCCGCGCUCCGUGGAGCCUGGAGCCGCCUGACGCCGCGUGACACGCCGCCAAACGACGUUAAAUGGCAGCGCGACCAUGGGCUACUGGGCCACGCGCCGCCCCCGUGCCACGCUUCGUGGAGCCUGGAGCCGCCUGACGCCGCGUCACACGCCGCGUCACACGCCACGUGGGCCUCGGCCGCCGUAACUCGGCACUUCUGGGACUGGAUGACAGCUCAUCCAAUCCUGUUCGCGUGCCUGACUUUCCCUAACCAGCAAACGACGUUAAAUGGCAGCGCGACCCUGGGCUUCUGGGCCACGCGCCGCCCCCGUGCCGCGCUCCGUGGAGCCUGGAGCCGCCUGACGCCGCGUCACACUCCGCCAAACGACGUUAAAUGGCAGAGCGACCCUGGGCUUCUGGGCCACGCGCUGCCCCCGUGCCGCGCUCCGUGGAGCCUGGAGCCGCCUGACGCCGCGUCACACACCGCGUGGGCCUCGGCCGCCGUCACUCGGCACUUCUGGGACUGGAUGACAGCCCAUCCACGCGACCCUGGGCUUCUGGGACACGCGCCGCCCCCGUGCCGCGCUCUGUGGAGCCUGGAGCCGCCUGACGCCGCGUCACACGCCGCGUGGUCCUCGGCCGCCGUCACUCGGCACUUCUGGAUGACAGCUCACCCAAUCCUGUUCACGUGCCUGACCUUCCCUAACCAGCAAACGACGUUAAAUGGCAGCGCGACCCUGGGCUACUGCGCCACGCGCCGCCCCCGUGCCACGCUUCGUGGAGCCUGGAGCCGCCUGACGCCGCGUCACACGCCGCGUCACACGCCACCAAACGACUUUAAAUGGCAACGCGACCCUGGGCUUCUGGGCCACGCGCCGCCCCCGUGCCGCGCUUUGUGGAGCCUGGAGCCGCCUGACGCCGCGUCACACGCCGCGUGGGCCUCGGCCGCCGUCACUCGGCACUUCUGGGACUGGAUGACAGCUCAUCCAAUCCUGUUCGCGUGCCUGGCCUUCCCUAACCACCAAACGACGUUAAAUGGCAGCGCGACCCUGGGCUUCUGGGCCACGCGCCGCCCCCGUGCCGCGCUCCGUGGAGCCUGGAGCCGCCUGACGCCGCGUCACACGCUGCGUGGGCCUCGGCCGCCGUCACUCGGCACUUCUGGGACUGGAUGA